CGUCCCGCCGCGUCCCGUCCCGUCCCGCCGCGCCAUGAGCAGCUCCCAGUUCAACAAGGGCCCGUCCUACGGCCUCUCCGCCGAGGUCAAGAACCGGCUUGCCCAGAAGUACGACCCGCAGAAGGAGGCUGAGCUGAGGACUUGGAUCGAGAGCGUCACCGGGCAGCAGAUCGGGCCUGACUUCCAGAAGGGGCUGAAGGAUGGCGUGAUCCUCUGCGAGCUCAUGAACAAGCUGCAGCCCAACUCAGUGAGGAAGAUCAACCGCUCGGCUCAGAACUGGCACCAGCUCGAGAACCUCUCCAACUUCAUCAAGGCCAUGGCCAGCUACGGCAUGAACCCGGUCGACCUCUUCGAAGCCAACGACCUCUUUGAGAGUGGGAACAUGACGCAGGUGCAGGUGUCGCUGCUGGCGCUGGCGGGCAUGGCCAAGACCAAGGGGAUCCAGAGUGGCGUGGACAUCGGCGUCAAGUACUCAGAGAAGCAGCAGAGGAACUUUGAUGAGGCCAAGAUGAAGGCUGGGCAGUGUGUGAUUGGGCUGCAGAUGGGCACCAACAAAUGCGCCAGCCAGUCCGGCAUGACAGCCUAUGGCACAAGGAGGCACCUCUAUGAUCCCAAGAACCAGAUCCAGCCACCCAUGGACCACUCCACCAUCAGCCUCCAGAUGGGCACCAACAAAUGUGCCAGCCAGGUGGGCAUGACAGCUCCUGGCACCAGAAGACACAUCUACGAUGCCAAGAUGGGUUUGGAGAAGUGCGACAACUCUUCCAUGUCCCUGCAGAUGGGCUCCAACCAGGGGGCCAACCAGAGUGGCCAGGUCUUUGGCUUGGGCCGCCAAAUUUAUGACCCCAAGUACUGCCCCCAGGGCAACCAGAGCGAUGUGGCCAAUGCCACCUGCGACCAGAGCAUGGACCCGCCUGGGUACCACUACUACCAUGAGGAGGAGAGCUACUGAGCGGGAUGCUGUCAUCCCUAGCCCCGUACCGUCUCCUGUACAGACCCGACUGCCAGCAUCAUUCCAGUAUUUCUCCUUUCAUCCUUCCCUUUUUUUAUAUCUCUUUUUUAAUGAAUCUAUUUUUCUGAGCAACAAAAUGAAACCUCUGUUUCUAGAGAAGGGAGCAGCCAUUUCUUACAGCCCUUGGGAAUUGUGGCUCUCCCGUGUCCAGCCUGAGAGCCUGCAGAUGGAAGGAGGCAGAUGCUCAAGUGCUGUGGAGUGGACAGUGUCUUUUCUUACGCAGUCAAGAAGAUGUGUUUCCACCCAGCGUCCACUGAACAGCCCCUGCAGCUCUUCUGCUGUGACAGUGCCUCGGUGCCCUUGGCGAGUAGGGGAUGGCGACUGGCCAUGUGGCCUUGGGUAAAGGAAAAAGUGCUGCUACUGCCACAUGUGCGGGCAGGGUUUGUCUGAGACUGCGCUCUCGGGACAAGGACGGCUGGGAGACAGCAGAGGCAGCGGGUGGGCUCUGCCACCCCAGCUCUGCUGUGCCUUGGCAUCUCUUCCUGCUCGUUGCAGGGACCAGGCUUCAUGUGUGUGUGUGUUUUCUUUAAUGCCAGCAAUGAAGCUCUUAGCAGGCUGCUCUCAUGUAAUUCUCUAGAAAGAAAGCAAAGCUGGAAAUGUGGGUUUUGGGGGAACUCUUAGGGACCAAGUUUCUAAUGCUUUCAUCUCUACUGAAAACAGUCCUGGGCUGCAUGCCCCCUUCUGCCUCCGCUCUGUGGUUUUGGGUCUGUAGAGUUGCCUCCGCAGUGACGGGGGGUGGGAACCUGCACGCAGACAGUGACAGUGGCUCUGCUGAUGAGCAGUAACUCAUUAAGCUGUGCACGUUUGAUCACCUGGCAGACUCAGCGUGGCCCCACACUGCGGAGGAAUCUGAUGGUCGUAGCCUGCAGCUGCGGGGCGAUGCACGAGCUUCCACGGUGGCACGGGGAGCUGGGGGACACUGGGUGCAUUUACACGGCCUCUUGCUGUGGCAGUAGGUUUCUUAAAAUCAUGCAUUUUUAAUACAUGGUUUUGUGAAGUUG